GUUGAGACUUGGGAUAUAGAGGUUUGUGGGAGAAGUGAAGAAACUGUGCAAGUUGGUGUUGGUUUUGUUGACAAGUCAAGGGUUUUGUGAUUAUGGAACCUCUCAAUGGUAUUGAUAAGUCGAGGGUUUUGGAUGUGAAACCUCUGCGUACUCUGACGCCUGUGUUCCCAACCGGCGCUCAGGCCCCUAACUUUGGUUGCAUGCCUCCCUUUGGCCAUACCCCUAAUGGGUUUUCGCCCUUUUUCCCAUUUAGUGCACCACCACAAGCCCAAGCCACUCAACACUCACCUGAUCUCAAUCAUGUGAAUCCCCCCGCAAUGCAAACACCAGCUGGUCCCAUGCCGGCUCCACUUCGGUCAUAUAGAGCCCCCAACCCGUCUGGAGGACUGCCCCAUGACUUUCCGGAGGAGUCCAAUGGAGACAGGGAGUCGUCAAUGGGCGAUGAAGAUGGGUAUUUUGAUGGUCAUAAGGACGUGGCUGGGUCUAGUUCAUCUCGGAAGAAGACCACCAGAGGUUCAUAUCGUAAGAAGGUUAGGAGAAAUGGAGAUGCUGAUGCAGUAGUCUUAGGAUCGAGCGUGAACUUUGUUUCUGUGAUCAGUCCAGCUCAGCUGGAAGAUGGUAACAGGGACUUGGUAAAUUAUGUACUCAUGAAUUUUGAUGCGAUCCGGAGAAGGAUUUGCCAGAUUGAAGAUACCAAGGAAAAGAACACCGACUCCAUUAAGCGUGCAGAUUUAAAAGCUGGCAAUAUUGCAAUGACCAAAAAGGUUCGAACAAACAUGAGGAGGAGAAUUGGACCUGUCCCCGGAGUUGAGAUUGGGGACAUUUUCUUUUUCCGAAUGGAAAUGUGUGUGGUGGGAUUACAUGCUCCAUCAAUGGCUGGUAUUGAUUACAUGACUCUCAGGGGUGAUUUGGAAAAAGAUCCCAUAGCCUUGAGCAUUGUAUCUUCAGGAGGCUAUGAGGAUGACACAGAUAGCAGUGAUGUAUUGAUAUACAGUGGUCAGGGUGGAAUUACUAACAGCAAAGAUAAGCAGGUGGCUGUCACUGAUCAGAAGCUUGAAAGGGGCAAUCUCGCUCUUGAGAGAAGCUUGCAACGUGGCAAUGAAGUAAGAGUGAUUCGAGGGUUGAAAGAUGAUACUACUCCUAACUCCAAGGUCUAUAUCUAUGAUGGCCUCUACAAGAUCCAAGAGUCAUGGACAGAGAGGGGGAAAUCUGGUGGCAAUAUGUUCAAGUACAAGCUAGUGAGGGUGUCUGGACAGCCUGAUGCCUUUUCAGUUCUGCAAACAAUCCGAAAGUGGAAGGAUGGUUUUUCAUCAAGGGCUGGACUUGUUCUUCCAGACCUCACUUCAGGUUCUGAACGAAUACCUGUUUCCCUUGUAAAUGAAGUUGAUAACGAGAAGGGGCCUGCUUAUUUCACGUAUCUCCCUUCGCUCAAGUAUUCCAAAUCUUUCACUUUAACGCAGCCUAGUUUAGGUUGCAAAUGCCGUAAUGCAUGCCUCCCAGGUGAUAUGAAUUGCUCUUGCAUUCAGAAAAAUGAAGGUGAAUUUCCUUACACUGGUAAUGGGAUUCUAGUCAGCCGUAAACAGUUGGUCUAUGAAUGUGGUGCCUCAUGUCCAUGCCCUCCUAACUGCAAGAACCGGGUAUCCCAAAGUGGUGUAAAAGUGCGCUUGGAAGUGUUUAGGACAAAGGAUAGGGGCUGGGGCCUACGGUCAUGGGAUCCUAUUCGUGCUGGUGCUUUUAUUUGCGAGUAUGCUGGUGAAGUUAUAGAUGAAGCAAAAUUCAAAAAUAAAGGGGACGAAGGCGAAAUUGAUGAGUAUGUUUUUGAUACAAGGCGCAAUUUUGACUCCUUCAAGUGGAAUUAUGAACCUGGCUUACUAGAUGAGGAGAGUCCUAAUGAUUCUGUCGAGGCCUAUAGCAUCCCAUAUCCCCUGAUCAUAAGUGCCAAGAAUGCUGGGAAUGUUUCUCGUUUUAUUAACCACAGUUGUUCACCAAAUGUCUUUUGGCAACCAGUUCUGUAUGAACAGAACAAUCAGUCUUUUCUCCAUAUUGGGUUUUUUGCCAUCAGACACAUUCCCCCUUUGACAGAACUGACAUAUGAUUACGGGGUUUCAAUGUCUGGUGGAGCGGGCAAUAACAAUGGCCCCCAUAGGAAAAAGAAAUGCUUAUGUGGAUCCUCAAAAUGCCGGGGUUAUUUUGGCUGAUGGUUUCUGUAGUUUCUACAAACAGAGGAGCAUGGUACCAGCAAACAUGACACUGGUUAAAUUGUUUGGAAUUUUCACCAUGUUCAUAUGUCUCGGAACUUAGUGUAACUGUGAUUUCUAUUUUGUAUCUUUUAAUUUUUGAUUGUUUAGCUUGCAGGAUGCACCAUGUUUCCAGCAUGUAUCGAAACUUGACUUGUCUUUGAUUUUGUUGUUGUAUGUUUCCACAUUUGAUGUUUUAGGGUCUACCAGCAGAUACUUACGGUAUCAGUAAA